GUCCGUUCGGGCUAUCAUGAUGACAGUUGAUCGAUGAUCAUUCACCGUGCCAUGACCUAUAUAACCAUGCUACACUUGUACAUGCGUUUUGUUACGUCUGUAUCUAAACGAUAGUUGUUCCCUCCCCCUCCGUACUACUACACACAUUGUAGAUAGUAGAUUCACUCCUCACCUGCCACCGUGCGGUGUGUCUUUGCUAUAGUGAAUUGGUUUGAUUUUGACCUUCCUUGGCCAAUAGCUAUAAAUCAAGACCGUUGACCGUACCUCAAGUUCUUUUUACGUCUAUUCACGAUAAUGAGUUUCAACCAACUGCCCAAUCUCACCAACCAGAUUUCUCGAAAGGAUCCAUUUCCGCAAGAAGGAGGAGCAUUUGGCACCGUGUGGCGAUGCGUUUUGCGCACCGAGUCGACGGAAAUUGAGGUCGCAGUAAAAACUAUACGAACGCAAUCUGAUAGAAGAAGGGAAAACGUCCGUCAAGAAUUGAUCAUAUGGAUGCGAUUACACCAUGAAAACAUAGUUCCGCUCCUUGGAGUGACAUCGGGAUUUGGUCCGGACAAUUCGAUUUCCAUGGUGUCCACUUGGUUCGCACAGGGGACACUUACUUCGUUUCUUGCUCAACACAAUACACUUAACCGUGGACGACGUUUGGAGCUUCUCCAAGACAUUGCAGCUGGCGUGCUUUACUUACACACAUCCCAGGUGGUGCACGGCGACAUUUCAGGCAACAACGUGUUAAUUAACGGCCAAGGCAAAGCGUGCCUCACUGACUUUGGUCUGUCCACCGUGUCUGGAGGCUUGAAAGAUGCCUCAUAUUUCGGACAAGCUGGACGUCAUGGAGCGAUACGCUGGGCUGCCCCGGAGCUCAUAGUUGGCGCUGGCCAGCAUUCUACGUUCAAAAGCGACAUAUACUCAUUUGGCAGUAUUAUGCUGCAGGUUCUCUCUGGCGAUGUUCCAUGGUCAGAAGUAGCGGCCGAGCAUAUCAUCAUCCAAAAGCUCACCAAAGGACACGUUCCGAAACGACCAUCAAGUGUCUCUCGAAUCCAUUGGGCUUUCAUUCGGAUAUGCUGGUCAUCAAGUUCCCGCGACUUGUCUCAUCCACCUUCUCGUCCAUCUGCCUCCGAAAUUGUCGACUGUCUGAAGAACGCUCAAAAUGUCUGGCACAGAUCUGAUUCCAACUUGCGCAGUAUUGCAGGAUCUGUGAUUCGCAGGAUUUCUGCAAGAGUCACUAGUUCAAUUCCGUCGCCCAGCGGAGUCUGGAAGUAAUAGUGCUCCCCCUUAUGGAGGCGCCAGCAACCAAAAUUCCGAUGUUCAGAAUGUGAAUGAAUAUUCCGUCGUCAGUCGGGAUAUU